GCAUUUUUCGUAUUGAUCGUUACAGUAAGUAGUGCUCACGGCGUAUCACUCCGCCAAACCCAGAUAUCUGCAUUAGUCUCAGUAUCUAAAACGUCACUCAAAACCCAAGCUACUCAUAGAAAUGUGCGAACUUGCAAUAUAUUAAUCAGUGAUAUCCACCAGUAUAUUUGAACCCAGGAAUAGAAACGGAUCCAUACGAGGCACGUGGGGCUGAAUUUUGCGAAAAACCCCAUUUCUACUACAGUCGAUCUCAUGUUUUGUGUGUGGUUCUGUUCCACCUUACGUGUGCUUGACACUAUAUUUUACUGAUUAGAGUACUAAUUUUUACCAUUCCUUUUACUACUUUGAGCGCAUAGUAGGUUAUGGUAUUUUAUUUAUUGGAGUAAAUUUCGAAUAAUAAUAGUUCCAAGCAUCUUAUCCAGACCAGCAGCCAUUUCUAAUGAUCAUUUUUAAUAUGAGUCCAAAAGAAUUCCAUAUUUCCAUUUGAAAAUGUAAGAGUAGAACUUUUUGAUGGUUAACGUACUUCUUUGCACACCUUUCAGAUAGUCAUAAAACUGGUUGAAUAACGUGUCAAAUACAGGUAUUAGAUCUUGGAAUACAACCUGAGGUAAUUUUCAGUAAACACUUGUGAGCAUAAGCAGGACGAACGUUAAAUAUUUGAUUAAUGAAUUUAAGUUCAGGUUUGGAAAUAGUUUGGCUUUCUCCUGUAUGGUUGUCCAGACUUCGUCAAGGAUUAUGCAACUACAGGAGUCAAUAUCCUUGGUUCGAAAUUGGUUGCUCCAAUUUUUCUACCGUCAUGACGAUGGAACAGCCUCAUUAAUUUAAACUAUCUGUGAUCGUGACCAGCUUGGUGGAAUUGUCUUUCCACUCAGCUUUUUGUGAAUUGUAACCAUAACAAAUUUGGACAGCCGGUUUUCGUUUCUAGCCAUAAUAGUAGUUACUUCUCCUUGGGUUCUGAUUUACUGUAAUUAAUCAACCAGUUCUAUUUUUUAGAUGGAUAUUAUCAAAGAAAAUUUAAAUAACAUCACAGAUAUUAGUUUCAAGAAACCUGAAGGGAAACUCAAAACUCUAAACUUAAUUCCUAACAAUGUUCAUCUUGUUGUAAUAAGCAAAUUAUCCAUUCCAAAAAUUAUUCGUGUAAACUUACCACAUCGUUCAAAAAAUCUAUCUAUCUGUUUGAUAGUUAAAGAUUUUCGCAAAGAUGAUUAUGAACGCACUACAGAAUCUUGGAAACGGCGUUGGAACAUGGAUUUGAAAAAGUCCGAACUUUCUCACUUAGACGCACCAGACGUGACAUUUUUACCUCUGCGGGAACUAAAAGUAGCUUACCAAACUUUUGCUGCCAAACGUCGACUGGCUGCCACGUUUGAUAUAUUUCUUGCCGACAAACGAAUUGUUCAUCGUUUACAAAAUAAACUGGGUAAACCAUUUUACCAGGAGAUUUCAGGAAAAUUUCCUGUCCCAACGUCAUUUUCGAACAAUAAUCUUGUAGAUACUGUUCGACAGCAACUACAUACAUCUUUGUUCGUAAUUCGAGGCAAUGGGACAACUGAUAGUCUCAUAAUUGGGGAUAAUUUUUUCUCUUCAUCCGAGUUAAAGGAGAAUGUAAUAUCGGUUUGUGAAAAAAUCUGUUCAGAAUGGCCAGGUGGUGGUAUGGCAAAUAUCCGUUCUAUUUACAUUCAGAGCUCAGGUAUCUCCACUCCUUUGUACUACGAUGAAACAGAAGCACCUUUAACUACAAUAAGUGAAAAAUUAUCAAGUCUUCCUAAAGCUGUCCAUCGAAGAUCUCAUACACUUAUUAAGAAACUAAAAAACACAGAGGAUGGUGCGCCAAUCGUUAGUCAACCUAAAAAGUCUCAAAAAUCACUCAAAAGAUUACCGAAAGAACUCGUUUCACAAAUCGCAGAUGAUCUUCCUUUGACAUCAGAUGAAAUCGACAAAAUUUUACGCAAACGGAACUUCAACGAUAGUAGCAUCCCUCAAAUGAAGUUAAGACGAAAUAAAAGGAUUUCCCGUCGUAAAUUUGUAAAAAUAUAGUUC